UUGUCUCUGUUUUUUGGUGCGGUGGGCAGGCUGUUUUUUGCUUUUGCCAACGCCGAAGCCAAAACACCCUGUGGAAGUGGGUUUCGCCGUUGGUGUUCGUCUGGUCAGAGGAGGUGGAAUUCAAUCGCAGCCACGAUUACGAUUACUAUGAAAUUGGGAUAGACAACGUUUUUGUCAAUCAAUGGGGAAUAUAUUCGUGAAGAAGCCAAAGGUAACUGAUGUCGAUCGUGCAAUUCUCGCUCUCAAGACCCAGAGACGCAAGCUUGCCCAAUAUCAACAAAAGCUUGAUGCUGUUAUUGAAGCAGAAAAGCAAGCUGCCCGCGACUUGAUUCGCGAAAAGAAGAAGGACAGGGCAUUGUUAGCAUUGAAGAAGAAGAAAGCACAAGAAGAGUUGUUGAAGCAAGUUGAUGCCUGGCUUCUCAAUGUUGAACAACAAUUGGCAGAUAUUGAAUUGGCAAGCAAGCAGAAGGCUGUGUUUGAUAGUUUGAAGGCGGGUAAUGAUGCAAUGAAAGCCAUACAAAGUGAGAUCAACAUUGAGGAUGUUCAGAAACUUAUGGAUGAUACUGAAGAAGCUAAAGCUUAUCAAGAUGAAAUUAGUGCUAUACUAGGGGAGAAGCUAUCAGCAGAAGACGAGGAGGAGAUUUUAGCAGAGUUCGAUAACUUGGAAACUCAGCUCACAGUUGAAGAUCUUCCUGAAGUUCCUGCCUCAGUUUCUGAAGAAACCGAUGAAAAACUGGAUCUUCCUGAUGUCCCAACUAAGGCACCAGCUACCAGUAGUGCUGAAGUAUCUACAAAAAGAAAAGUUAUGGAGGAACCAUUGGCAGCUUGAAGAACAUUUGUGACAAGUCAACUGCUUUGCAAACCAAGGUGUAGGCGUGUAGCAUCUUCCCUUCAUGUGUGCAUGUACCUUACAAGUUACAAAUACCUCUGCAAAUAUCAUGCAGUUACUAUUGUUUUUUGUAUUUCUGUGUGGCAUUUAAUUUGUACAGAAUACAGAUACGUGUAUACAAUACCUCAUGUUUACAUGUUUAACAUCAAUCAUGCAGUGAGAAAAUCAUAUAUUUUGUUU